AUGCCCGUAGCUAAAAAUUCAAUAGUUUUCCAGUCCAAUAAACCGAAGAACACUGCAAAAUUGCAACUCUCAUACACUUUGCAAAUUGCACGUAAACACAAUCUUCCUGAUGUUUGUUUAGAUUCAUUGUCAAUCUAUACUAUACCGAGUGUACCUAUAGUCGACUGUUUUCAGAAAAUUAGGCAACAAGUAAAGUGUUAUCUCCAAAUGGCAUCUUAUAAUAGUAAAGCAGAAUUGCAGGGCGGGUUGGAAGUAAUUGAGUCUACACAACUCAAAUACUUUCAGACCACGGGAAAUGAAAUGAUUGCAGAACUGUAUUCAUUGAAAGGAAUGCUUCUUGCUCAAUUAGGGAGAUCUGAGGAUGCAAACAAAGCGUUCUCGUUUGCAAUAAGCACGCACGACAAACUAGUUAAGGCUUGGGCAUUGUGGGGUGAUUAUCUUGAAUCUGUAUAUUCCCGAGAUACACAAAAAAAUAUUACAAUUGGAGAAAGUGCAAUCACAUGCUAUUUACAUGCUUGUCGCAAUCAGAAUGAAUCUAAAUCUAGAAAAUAUUUAGCGAAGGUUUUGUGGAUGAUGGCCCAAGAUAAUAGCAAUGGUGUAUUAAUGGCGGCCGUUGAUAAAUAUGCGGAAACUCCAUUAUUAUUAUGGCUGCCUUGGAUUCCACAACUGCUUGUUUUCUUGUGCAAUAUAAUAAUACAUAUUAUGAAUUUAUUGACGCAGAUUGGCAGGAUGUUUCCACAAGCAGUGUAUUUAACACGUACAAUGUACUUCACUCUAAAAAUAGAAGAGCGAGAAUGGCAUAAGUUAAACAAUCCCUCAACUCGCAGUCCUUCUACAGCUCAGCAGACACCAGUAAGCGAAGCGAUUAAAGUGUCUCCCACCACAUGGCGCUGCAUGCGAAUUAUGAACAUGCAAAAAGAAAUACAUCCAAUGGUACUUUCAUCCUUAGAGGGAAUUAUUGACCAGAUGGAUUGGUUCCGAGAGAAUGGUUAUGAAGAAGUCUUACGACAUUUACGCCAAGGGCUUGCCAAGUGUCAUGCAGUAGCUUUUGAGAACCGUGCUGCUGUGGGUAAAGCUCGAAUCACGCCUCACACAGUAAAUUUCGUAGAAAAGCUUGCAGCAACAUUUGGAACUGGAAUUGAGCAUAUCUCAAGUUCAACUCAUGCAAAAUUCCCGACAGCAGCCUCAGAAUGUCUAGCUAGAAGAGCCGAAGCAACUAAGCAAGAUCCCGUAUUUCAGAAGAUGAAAGAUCAGUUUAAAAAAGAUUUUGAUUUUAGUCAGCCAAAUGCCAUGAGAUUACACAAUCUGAUUGGAAAAUUCAAGAAAUGGAUUAAAAUUUUAGAAGCCAAAACCAAAUUAUUGCCAAAGUCAUUUUUAAUAGAAGAGAAAUGCCGCUUUUUGUCCAACUUUUCAUUGAAGACAGCUGAAGUAGAGUUACCAGGAGAGUUUUUGUUACCAAGAAAUUCACAUUAUUAUGUUCGGAUCGCGCGCUUCAUGCCACGUGUUGAAAUAGUUCAGAAACAUAAUGCUGCAGCUCGAAGACUUUUUAUUAGAGGACAUAAUGGAAAAAUUUACCCGUACCUGGUUGUGAAUUAUUUAUGUUUUGGUGAUACUAGAAGAGAGGAACGAGUACUACAAUUGCUAAGAAUGUUAAAUCAUUACCUCGGAAAACAAAAGGAGACUUCAAAAAGAUUUUUACAUUUCACUAUUCCGAAAGUUGUUGCUGUUUCACCACAGAUUCGUUUGGUAGAAGAUAAUCCUGCAUCGUUGUCACUACUAGAUAUAUACAAAAAAAGUUGUGCUACUACAUUGGCUAUUGAGCAUGAAGCACCAGUAGCGCGAUAUUAUGAAAGAUUGGCAUCUGUUCAAGCAAGGGGUUCGCAAAUAUGCUAUGAAAUUCUUAGGGAUGUUUUUCAAGAAGUGCAAAAUUCCAUGGCUCCUAGAACUUUGCUGAAGCAUUGGGCUUUGAAAACAUUUCCAAAUGCUACGGAUUAUUGGUCUUUCCGAAAAAUGUUUACAUUACAAUUGGCGCUAUCCUGUUUUGCGGAGUAUGUUCUUCAUCUGACCAGAUUGAAUCCUGAUAUGAUGUACAUACAUCAAGAUUCUGGCUUAAUGAAUAUUGCUUAUUAUAAAUUUGAUAUUGACGAAACUAAUUGCGAACUUCUUAGUAACAGGCCAGUUCCAUUUAGACUAACACCAAAUGUUGUUGAAUUUGUUUCAAAUUUUGGAAUUACUGGACCACUGACUGCAUCCAUGAUAUCUGUAGCAAGAUGUUUGACUCAUCCUACAUUUAAGGUACAAACAAUUCUAAAAACAAUAUUACGUGACGAAAUUAUAACAGCAUAUAAAAGACGUGAAGAUAAUAAAAUAAUUCAAGAAAGAAACAAAGGUAUGGAUGAAACUCGUGAAGCACAGUCUCUGAAUCAACAAGAGAAAGCAACUGACAACUCUGUGAAUGAUUCAGAGCAAUACAUCAUUUUAACCGUUGGCGUAGUUAAAUCUAUAACAUCUCGACUAAAUAGCAUUGCAACUUAUGAAGGAAUUGAUAGUAAAGUCAGCACACUUGUUACUGCUGCCACCAAUUUCAAUAAUUUGUGUCGUAUGGAUCCUGCUUGGCACCCAUGGUUAUAA